UGUGGUCCUCCGGCGACGUCGUCGUGUCCGCCAUUUUGGAAAUGAGCGAGCCCACUGGUGCGUUCGGGUGCGCCUUUGUAAAAGUGACAACUCCGCCGACGAGCGCCGUCAGAAAGUCUAACUGAACAAAGGACAAGUGCAACCCCACAUUCGGGAGACAGCAAGUUGAGAGUGUUAUACGGUACGCGCUUAUGCUUAUAGGUCGCCGGUUGCUCUUGUUCAUCGCCGCGAAGCGUUUUAACUGAAGCGUCCUAUUCUGUCCGGGAGCCCUCGAAUGUCGCAGCUCAGGAUGCAGUAGCCGGCAUUGAACACAGGGUGUCGCUGAUGUGCCACUUGGAUCACCUGGCUGUUAUUAAGGCAAAGGGUAAAGGCCAAAUCCCAGUUUAAGUGGUCUAACUGUGGAAUUGUGUUGGUUUUAUUGUCAUUUAACUGAACCUGAACCUCAGACCUCCACCCCCCUGCUGCGUCCUCGCCCGCACCCAAGCACUCUACUCUUUUCGCUUCUUUCCGCGACAGGAAGUCGCUCUUCUGCUUUUUCUGCUCGUGUGGUUUUCUGCUCAUGUUCCUGAGGUGUUUGUCCAAGACAGGCCUGACAUCUUGCCGCCCUCACACCUGCCUGAUGCACUUCCUCCCAGCGUCAGGCCUCAUUUAGGGGCCUCCUCGCGCUCGCACCGCUCUGGUAUGCGACUGAUUUCCUCAAGACAAGGCGCUUGUGCACGGCUUUCCUCCUGGAUUACUUGUGGAGAUUAGUGAUGGGGAAUGCUGCCACGGGGGCCGCCGAGCAGCAGGAGCCAUCAGACGGUCGCUCGGCCAGGAGCUCGGCCUCGUCGGGGAUGAGCGAGCCGACACCCCCGACGCUGCAGAAGAAGCAGCCGUCGACCCCCAAGCUGCCCAUGCCCCCCGAGGGGGAGCUGGAGGAGCGCUUCAACGUGGUCCUGAGCUACAUGAACCUUCCACCUGAUAAACUGCAGCUGUUGAGUCAAUACGACAAUGACAAAAAAUGGGAGCUCGUCUGUGAUCAGGAGCGUUUCCAGGUGAAAAGCCCCCCUUCUACCUACCCUGCAAAGAUCAGGAGCUUCUACCAGGAUCAAGUGGUGGUGGCCCGCAGGAAGAAAAGAGUCCAAGAUGCCACGAAGGUCCUCAAAGAUUUGGAGAUCUCCCUCCGCACAAACCACAUUGGUUGGGCUCAGGAGUUUCUCAAUGAUCAAAACAAAGGUCUGGACGUGUUGGUGGAGUACCUUUCUCAAGCCCAGAGUGACGCCUCAUUCGACGUGGACACCAGCGAGAACGGCGGCACCCUGCAUGAGCGGACAAGACCCGUCAAUGGAAGGUCCAUCGAAGACCUGACCAAGACCACCACCACCACCAACACCACCACCAACACCACCACCACCACCGGCUCGCACUCUCACGGGAUGAGCCGAGCCGCGCGGGCGCUCACAGUGAGGAUCAGCUCCACUCUGGGGAACAAGAUGCUGAAGAAAUCUCACUUGCCCAGCCAGAGGGACGACGUGCACGUGUGCAUUAUGUGCCUCCGAGCCAUCAUGAACUACCAGUCGGGUUUCAACCUGGUGAUGACGCACCCGCGCUGCGUCAACGAGAUCACGCUCAGUCUGAACAGCAGGAAUCACAGGACUAAAGCCCUGGUUCUGGAGCUGCUGGCCGCCGUGUGUCUGGUCAGAGGAGGACAUGACAUCAUCCUGUCGGCGUUUGACAACUUCAGAGAGGUGAGCAGAGAGCGGUGGCGCUUUGAGAAACUGAUGGAGUACUUCGUCAACGACGACAGCAAUAUUGACUUCAUGGUGGCCUGCAUGCAGUUCAUCAACAUUGUGGUCCACUCAGUGGAGAAUAUGAAUUUCCGCGUGCACCUGCAGUAUGAGUUCACUCACCUGGGCUUGGACAAGUAUCUGGACAGCCUGAGAGAAACAGAAAGCGAGAAGCUGCAGGUGCAGAUCCAGGCCUACCUGGACAACGUGCUGGACGUCGGAGCUCUGCUGGAGGACGCCGAGAGUAGAGGAGGCGUUUUUGAGCACGUGGACCACCUGCAGGACCACAAUGUUCAGCUCAGCGCUCAGCUCCAUGAGAUGGAGACUCAGACUGCGGAGAAGAUUUCGGAACUGGAGACUCAGCUCAUGCAGGCCACCAAGGAGACGGAGCUGCUGAAGGAGAGCCUGAGGGAUUCGUGCUCCCAGGUGAGCUCCCUCCAGCAGAGGGAACGAGAGAAGGAACUGGAUAGGGAGCGGGAAAAGGAGCGGGAGCGUCUGAGCGUGGCCGCUCCUCAGGUGACUUCCGAGCUGGAGCAGAAGAUCCACGAGCUGCAGGAGAAAGGGCUGAUCCGCCUGUCCCGGACCGCCUCGGGGGGCCUGGACAUUCAGGUGGUGCCCAUCACGGUGACAGAUUAUGUUAUUGCACCGGCACCUCAGCCCACCGCCCCCGUACCCUCAUCCACGCCCUCCCGUCCUGUACUACCUCCUCCACCCCCUCCUUACGGUCCUCCAGCACUCCCAUCGUCUCCUGGUGGAGAGCCACCAUGUCCACCUCCUCCGCCUGGAGGAGGACCACCACCCCCACCGGCGAAAUUUUCUGCAGGAGAAGGGCCAACACCACCGCCUCCUCCUCUCGUUGCAGCAGUCGGACUACCACCACCGCCACCACCUCCUCCAGCUGCCGCAGGGGGGCCACCACCGCCUCCUCCACCAGUUGCCGCAGGAGGGCCACCACCAGCUCGCCGAGGAGGGCCAGGGCCACCGCCACCUCCACCUCCACCUGGGGUUGGACCACCUCCUCCACCUCCACCUGGAGUUGGACCGCCUCCUCCACCCACUCCUGGAGCACCCAACAUUCAGUCUGGGUUAAAGAGCAAAAAGCCCAUUCAGACCAAGUUCAGGAUGCCGCUGUUGAACUGGCAACCUUUGAAACCAAACCAGGUCUCAGGAACCGUUUUCAACGAGCUGGACGACGAACAACUCCUGGAGGACCUGAACAUGGAGAUGUUUGAGGAACAGUUCAAGACGAAGGCGCAGGGGAACCCGUCAGAUCUGUCCAAAGUCAAGAAGAAGUUGGGGCAAAAAGCCCCCAGCAAGACAUCUUUGAUUGAUGCCAACAAGGCCAAGAACCUGGCCAUCACCUUACGCAAAGGCGGCAUGAGUCCUUCAAACAUCUGCACCGCCAUCGAGAUGUAUGACCAGCAGUCCUUGUCCAUCGACUUCCUGGAGCUGCUGGAACACUUCAUACCCUCCGACUUCGAGAUGAAGCUUCUACUCAACUACGAGAAGGAAGGGCGACCCCUCAACGAGCUGACGGACGAGGACCGCUUCAUUCUGGACUUCGGGAAGAUUCCUCGCCUCAGCCAGCGCAUCAACACGCUCACCUUCAUGGGGAACUUCCCUGAGAGCGUCAAGCGGCUUCAACCGCAACUCAACUCUAUCAUCGCCGCGUCCAUGUCCAUCAAGUCCUCCGCCAAGUUAAGGAAGAUCUUAGAGAUCGUGUUGGCGUUUGGGAACUACAUGAACAGCAGCAAGAGGGGGCCGGCUUACGGAUUUAGACUGCAGAGUCUGGACCUCCUGCUGGAAACAAAGUCUACGGACCGCUCGCAAACGUUGCUCCACUUUAUGACCACCAUCAUUCUGGACAAAUACCCAGACCUGGCCAACUUCUACACGGAGCUACAUUUCGUGGACAAGGCAGCCCUCGGUAUGCUGUCGUCUCCCAGUCCGGUUUUUAUCGUCUUUGCGUUUCACUCAUCUUACCAAGAAACCUGCGUCUUUUGGCCCGCAGUGUCCUUGGACAGCAUCCUGCAGGACAUCCGCUCUCUGGAGCGAGGCAUGGAGAUGACCAAGAAGGAGUUCCUGGUGCAAGACGACAGCCCCGUCUUGAAGGAGUUCAUCAAAAGCAACUGCGAGCAGUUGGAGUCGCUGAUGAAAGACAGCAAGACGGCGCAGGAGGCCUACUUCGCCGUGGUGGAGUACUUCGGAGAGAAUCCCAAAACCACGCAGCCGGCCAUGUUCUUCCCGCUCUUCUCUCGCUUCAUUAAAGCCUACAAGAAAGCCGAGCAAGACAUUGAUCUGAAGAAGAAAAUGGAGAUGGAGAUGAGAGACGGGAGAGAUAGCUCGCCCACCAAGAGUGGAAGUCAAAGGGGUCCUUUGAUGCCUAAAUUGGAUUUCUUAGCCGAGCUGAAGAGGAAGCAGGUGCAGCCCGGCGUGCGUGAGGGCAAAGACGGAGCUUUGGAAGACAUCAUCACAGAUCUGAGGAACACGCCAUACCGCCGCACAGACGGUCGCCGGCCAGCUCAGCGCCAGGACACCUAGUAAACAUCCCAGGCUGAAAGUACAUAUACAUACUGUAUACACACAAACAUACAUAUAUGUAUGUAUGUAUAUAUGUAUGUAUGUAUGUAUGUAUGUAUAUACAUACAUAAAAAAUAUACAUAUAUAUAUAUAUAUACACAUACACAAAAAAUAUACAUAUAUAUAUAUAUACACCUACACAAAAAAUAUACAUAUACAUAUAUAUACACCUACACAAAAAAUAUACAUAUAUAUAUAUAUAUAUAUAUAUAUAUAUAUAUAUAUAUAUACACAUACACAAAAAAUAUACAUAUAUAUAUAUACACUUACACACACACAUAUAUACACAAGAAGCAGCUUGAAGUGUAAGAUGUUUUACCCUGUAAAUACAAUAUACAGUACUUUCAUUUUAAUCCAAAAGUUAUUACCACACACAUGUGUGUUCCUUUUUGUAAUAAUAAUAAUAAUCAUCUUUUCAAAAG